AGAAACGUUACAGGCACCAGACUAUUUGCAAAAUUCACAUGGCAAAGUAGUAUCUCUUGCGGUUUUUAGCUGUUUUUUAAAUUCUCAUUCUUACUAGAAAUUUUAACAACAGUAACAGAGUAUAACUUCAGAAUGCCUCGAUCAAAGAGACACAAGAAGGUGAAGGCUAUUGACCCAUACUGCACCGGCAACAGAAGGGCAUUAUUUUUGGCGCAGGACAAGAAAUUUAACAAUGCCCCAAAGAAUACAAAUGAACAAGAGAUGCCAAGGAGUUUUAAAGAUAUGCUUGAGGCACAACAGAUUGUAGAAGAAGCUAUGAAACAAAAACAAAAAAUUGUUCAGAAAGUUGGAAGCCUUGAGAGAAAUGCAGGAGAAUCACAUAAUCUCUACAUGAAGCGUGUAGGUAAAAAUGCACAUAGGAAACUGGCGCAGGAAAGAUGUAAGAGAGAGAGGGAUAAUCCUGAACCUGCAAAGCUUAAGAAAGAAAUGUCACAGAAGAAAAAAGAGAGGAUUGCAAUUCUUCAACAGAGACUUAAGGGAAAACAGUUUGAGAAAACGUUAGAAUCAAGUGAAAAAGAUUUCUACAAAGAUCAUGUUAAGUUUGGGGAAGUUGUUUCAGCCCCGCCAAUCUUCACAGCCAAACCUAGGAAAAGCAGUGACAAAGUAGACAAACCCGGCCGGAGAGAUCUUCUUCUGAAAUCUGUUCUGAAUCAAACGAAUACUUCCCAAGACCAUGAAGAUAAAAUCAAGAUGUCUAACAGGACACAGAAGAGGACACAAGAAAGUGGAAAGAUCAAAAAGAGGAAACACAUGACAAUUGCAGAAAAGAGAAACUUUGAUCGAUCAAGACAGGCUGCUAUUUUGGCUUAUCGAAAUGCUAAAGGACAUGCACAAGAUGGCACUAAGGUUAUAAGAACUAACAUCAUGGAGUCAUCAUGAGAAUAAGAGGUCUAGUGUGAUUUGAAAUUGGACAACAAAAUAUGAAUGAAACAUUACAUUGUAUAAAAACUCAUGAUCAGUUCAAAUGAUCAUUUGGACUGUUAUAAGACAAGCAUGGCAAACCUCACAUGUACACAUCUAUUGCCACUCGAACAGGUGACAACAGGUAAAAGAAAACCAUUGGAGACUUGACCCAAGUAGUUAGGUUAGCUAUAUAGACGAUGUGACCUAUGUUUACAUUAAAACCGCCCUCUGUUGACAAACCACUGUACACGACAUGUUUCGCCUGGCAAAAAGACGCGUAGUCAUGGUAUGAUUGCGUGUGACUUUCUAGCUGGCUGCCAAAACACAAAGGAUUUUCCCGGCUGUAUGCGCACGAAUCAUGCUAUGGUUUUCGAGUGAUAUCAGAGGUCACAUCGUCUAUAGUACUAGUCGCCCAUACAAUGCAGAACUACAACAGAUCAUGUAAUACUCAAUAAAUAAAGACGUUGUAUUUAUCUGUUAAUACGAGAACACUGAGCAUCGACACAAUUUUAUUCAGCAAAUAUUUGGUUGUAGCAUUAUUGGUAAUGGUCAUUGAUCGAUUCUUUAUCUGGAGAGGGUAUGUUUCAGAAGGUAAAACUGGCAUAAACACAAUGGGAGAGGGAGAUAAAGUAUGUUAUGGAUGUGAGAGGGAGGACUGUGGCUAAGGAGGGACUUGUUACAUUAUAAGAGUUGUUUACUAAAAUGGCAUUCGUUGCCUAUUUCACUUUUUAGGCCACAAGUUGCCCAUCUUGCUUGGAAAUUGCUCUAAGAUCAAACGUAACAACUAAAAAUAGGAAAGUUUAAUAAAAAUGUCACUCUUUUGAAACUA